CCGGCUUUGUCUUUUGGGUUAGCCGUGGACAAGACGUCCAUGCAUUACAUGGAUACGAUCAGUCGCCGGUUUGCGUUAUAAACAAACGGUGCUGUGAAGUUGCCGUCGUCCUUCGUUCCGUCAAUACGUCAUCCGUAACAACGAAAGAAGAGGACGAAACAGGAGGACAGGACCUUUACACCACAAUCGGUUGGUCAUAGUGCGAUUUUUGUUGUGCCUGUAGUGCAGUUUCGCAAACACACGGAAACACUAAGUUUUUCUUCUUCUUGCUGUUGUUGUUUUUUUUUUUUGUUACUGCUGCCCUAUCCAUUAAUUUCAUUAAGUAAUGCAAAGUGCGUGAUCGAAACAAGUUCGUUAAUUGGAGUGCUCGAUUUAUUGUUUUUCAUUUGGUUUAUACAUUGUUUUAUAUAUUUUUUUUUUGGUAUCAAGUAUAUAUUUUUAUAUAUAUAUUUUUUUUUUUGAAGUGCUUUGUUUUGGUGCGAUUAGGAUGUUUACCGCAUAGCAAGAAGUGGGAUUACUAAAUGUCAACUGUUACACCGUUAUAUGCCUUGUCCGUUGCUAACAGAUCCAGCUGAGUUCUGAACAAAAUCGAAAGCGAACAGAAAACCGAAUCGGAGAAGCAAACAUUAGAGAAAGAAGAAGAGAGAAAAAUGGAUUCGAACGUUUCGCUGCAGAGGAACCUGGAUGUGCCGAGGACGGCGGACAACAAGAAGAACCAGAACAACACCGCUGGAUCAUCCGAGAUAUCUUCGGAUGACAGCGAUAUAGAGCCGGACUUGGUGUCCACCAUAAACCACAACACAAUAAACUCACUGAAUGCCUUAAAGGAAGUACUGCAGACUAAUGGGAAGGAGAAUCUGGAAGCGAACGGCAGUAGCUUCCUGCAACAUUACUUCCAGAAACACACGUUGCCUUCAAGAAAUGUGAUAACCUGUAGACGCCUCUCGCAGUGUCGCGAGGAGGACGAAGAUGAGGAGAAGAAGGAUAAGGAUCAUGCAGCAUCGGAGCUGGCCACGAUCUCAGGCAGUGAUAAGAGCUUAUCCGAGUCGUCCUCGAGCGGAUCCAAGUCGUCCGUGAUUGACACUGUCAGCGGGCCGACGCAUAAGUUUGUAGUGAUGCGCACGAAGACCACGUCAGAGGAUAAACCGAAACCUCCCGCGAAGGAACCGGAGAAGGUGAAGAAGUCCGCGGACGUGGCCAGCAUGUUCUCCAGGAGGAAGUACUACCAGUCCAAUACUGUUCACUUUCCUACCACCGAUCCCAGGAAGCCUUCAAUCUAUUCCAUCUUCAACAAGACGUCGCCGCUGCCGAGUCCUCACUACGAUAGCAGGUUCUUCGAUUCCUCUUUGAUCGAGAUGAAGAGCCAGACGAGCAGCGCGUCUACUCUUGACUUCGGCAGCAACGAGGACGUCUGGGUUCGGCGAAACGCUGCUGAUAUCAAACGAGAAUUGGGAUCUCAGCCGUUGCCUACUCUGACGGACGAUGUGGAAACUCUUCCGUUGCCGCGGCCUCGGUCCGGUACUUGGGGUGCCAAAGACUCCAAGAAGGAGUCCAAGAGCAAGAAGGACAAAUCCAAAGAUAAAGAUAAGUCAGAGGCGAAGGAGCGGAAGCGCGAGAAGGAGAGGGCUUCGCGCAGUGGAUCCGCCUCCAGGUCGAGUUCCGCGGAGAGGCGGAAAUCCGGCGAGGAUAUUCAAAGUCCGAAACGCGGCGGAAUGCUCGACGCCUUCAGGAGUAGAUCGCAUUCGGAUGCCAGCAAGAAGAAGGGAUCGGCUCUCAUGGCCACCAUGAAGAGUGCCAUGCUUCAUACGGGUUUGAUGCACGCUAGACCGAAGGCACCCAGAGAUGGUUCUGCCCAUCCAGUUCGCGAUGGUACGCACACCCAGUACUAUCAUACUGUCACCGCCGCCUCCUCCAGCAGAAACCCGAUGACCAAAGUCAUGGAUAUCUUCAGGAACAGAUCGCACCAGAGUGUCCCACCGGAGGAUCGACGAAAGAGAGCUACUGCCCAGCAAUUAUCACAAGGGGCUCACCUGAGGCAGAAGUCCUUGGACCCGGAAAGGCGGCGGCAGUCCCUUGGAACGAUCCUUCCACACAGAGCGUCAGAUUCUUUUCUUGACCCUCAUCAUGCUGCUAUACUGUUCAGGGAUUCUAGAGGACUUCCUGUCGUGGACCCGUUCUUGGAGAAAGUGAAUAUUACCGAUUUAGAGGAGGACGAAUCGCAGAUAUUCGUCAAAUUCUUCAAGUUCCACAAAUGCUACGAUCUAAUACCGACCUCUGCGAAACUGGUCGUAUUCGAUACGCAGCUGCUCGUGAAGAAGGCUUUCUUCGCGCUGGUGUAUAACGGCGUGAGGGCCGCUCCGCUAUGGGACAGCACACGGCAGGAGUUCGUAGGCAUGUUGACCAUCACGGACUUCAUCAAGAUCCUCAGGAUGUACUACAAAUCGCCGGAGGUGGCGAUGGAAGAGCUGGAGGAGCACAAGCUGGACACAUGGCGACAGGUGUUAAAGGAUCAAAGACCUUUGACGAGCAUCGGCCCGGACGCCUCUCUCUACGACGCCAUCCGAACUCUGAUUCACAACAGAAUUCACAGGUUGCCUGUAAUUGAUCCGGAAACUGGCAAUGUUCUUUACAUCCUAACACACAAGAGGAUACUGCGUUUCCUUUUCUUGUACAUAAACGAAUUACCCAAGCCAGCUUACAUGGGCAAGACCCUGAGGGAAGUGAAGAUCGGGACGUACGAUAACAUAGAGACUGCUUCUGAAGAUACCUCAAUUAUACUAGCUUUGAAGAAGUUCGUGGAGAGGAGAGUUUCGGCCUUACCCAUCGUCGAUCCUGAGGGUCGUCUGGUCGAUAUAUACGCCAAAUUCGACGUCAUCAACUUGGCUGCGGAGAAGACGUACAAUGAUCUUGAUGUUUCCCUGAAGAAGGCCAACGAACACCGAAACGAGUGGUUCGAGGGAGUUCAUAAAUGCAGGCUAAGCGAGACGCUAUUUGCCAUUAUGGAGAAGAUUGUGCGUGCAGAGGUUCACAGGCUCGUCGUCGUCGACGAUGAGGACAAGGUCAUAGGCAUCAUCUCGCUAUCCGAUCUUCUCUUGUAUUUGGUUCUCAGGCCGUGCGGCGAAGAUGGUUCACCCAAUGGCGUCGCUUCGGAUACGACGUUGAAUGAUUGCCAGAGCGACGAAUUGACGGAGACCAUACUAGAGGAGGAGGAGCACGGGCAGGAGCUAGAAGAACAAAGAAACGGUGUGACUGAAAAUAGUGAGGUGGAGGACAUUAAAGAAACGGCUGCUAACAAUAGUCCGCCGGAUUCGCCGAUUCUGAAGGCGACGACGACGUCGGCAUUGUCAAACGACAAUGCGAUGUAUCGAGAAGUUGCGGUGUCCGGCGGUGAAUAACGUAGGAGCAUAAGGAAAUAAAUAAAUAAUAUUAAUAAUUAAAGGAAGACGAAGAAGAUUGAAUUAUGAGAUGAGAAAAAGAAGAAAAAAAAAACUGAGAGAAAUAAAAAAAAUAUGCGGGUUUUAAAAUAUAAACAUGUAAUUACAUAGGUACCUAUCUUAUAUAUUGUGUAUAAUAUCUAAAAAAAAAAACACUCUGGACAUCAGCUGAAUUGUCUCUUCCUUAACUUUACUUAAGGGUGGGGUAUGGUUUUCUUUCUCUUUUUUUUUUGUUGCGGAACAGGAGAAUAGAUAGAUUUUUUGUACUUAAUUGUAUAUUGUACCAAAGACUGUACUGUUCUAGGGCUAAUCACUAAUCACUUUCUUAUUUCGUUUUUCCCCUUCGUUGUUUUCAAUAAAUAGAUGAAUAAAUACAAUUAAGGAAGACGCAAUCCAGGUGAUGAGCGUAUUGUGAACGUGCUUUAUUUAUUUAAAAAAAAAAUUGAAGAUAAUAUCGGUAAAACAAAAUAAAUCGACAAGUUGCGAUUAGUGUGUAAAGAGAGAUGACAGAGCAAAUAAAUACCGAUAAGUUUAAUUAAUACCGUUUGCUUCUUCGAUCGGAAGGGCACGCUAGGUGUUGCUCUCGCUCGUUCUUACAUUUGAAACUCACACAAAAACUAUAUUUUCAAAGGAAUAAUAAAUUAGAUAACAGAUAUUGUUUUUGUUUUUGCUUUCGUAGACACUUUCAAUAUUGUAAUAUUAAUUGAUACGUGCAAACCUUUCUGUUUUGCUACAAACGACGAUAAAUGAUAAUUCAAGUGCUUAGGCUUUUCAGUUUACGUUGUUAUUAUUAUUAUUAUUUGGAUGAGUCAAAUUUGGAACAAUUUGUUGUUGUACAGCUGAGAAUGUCUCAUGGUUCUGCAGAUUAUAUUUUUAGAUAUUCCUUAUUAGAAGAGUGUUUUGUGGAGAAGAGAACUACGAAGAGGAGACUGUAUAAAAAGUCUUUGCAGAAAACGUGGCUGUACUGAGGUUGAUUCAUGUACAAUUGUUAUAAUCUUUACUUUUAUUUCGUUUGGACACCACGCAGACACUUUUCUUUCAUAUAAAAUUUGUAUCGGAUGGACGAGAUAAUAAUAAUUAGGCAACAACACGGUUUAUAUAAGAGUUAAGCGCAUAUUUAAAUAACUGAAAACAAAACAAAAUAUUACUAUUAAUGAUUAAUCGAUGGAAGAAUGGAGAAAACAAAGGUGCGCGCACUUUGUAAUUUUUUAUAAGAGAAUUGUAAUAUGUAAUAGGGAAGAUGUCGAUGAUUAUGAUGGUGAAAAGAGAAGAUGAUGAUAUGUACAGUGCAAAAUGAGUGAGGACGAUUCGCAACCAGUAAUUUAUUGUAUUGUAUACAUGGCUCGACGGAGACGUUCUUCGUGAGCACCAAGUUUCGUAGCUUUUAAGUUGUACAACGAUGUAGUGAUCUUAGUAGAUAAGGGGGCGCAUUUGGCCUGGCCUAGAACACGCUUACUGUGCGUUACAAAUAA